AUGACCUCCUGGAAAGACGUCCUGCCUACCGUAGGAGCUGCUCUCGGCAACGAAGCUGGAGACUGUGUCCUCGAAUUCCUCAAGAUCCUUCCCGAAGAGGUCAUAGAAGGGCGCAAAAUCAACCUGACUGAAGAGGAGCUGUCUUCAAGAACAAGGGAGCUCUUGGAAGAGAACGCAAGCCAGGUCCUGGGUCUUUUGACACAGUACUCUCAAUCUUCCCCUUCUGCGGCAACGAACCCACUUCUCCUAGAAUGUAUUACUUCAUGGAUGCGUGAGAUACCCGCAGCUCAGAUUGUGGAGUCCCCCCUCAUGGACAUCAUUAUGAAGGCCCUUGCAGAGGAAAGAUCCUUUGAAGCGGCGGUAGACUGCAUAUGCAUGAUCUAUAGAGACACACUCGAAGUCGACGACUCAAUGGACGUCAUCAAGGCCCUAUACCCAAGAAUAAUUGCCCUAAGGCCCAGGAUCAGAGAAGCCGCAGAGACAGAAGAUGUCGACCUACUACGGGGCCUUACUCGGUUGUUUGCAGAGGCUGCAGAGGCCUGGGUACUUCUAAUUGCACGUCUACCUGAAGACUUCAGAAACUUGGUGGAAGCUGUGCUAGAGUGUUGUUCAGUUGACAAGGAUCGGGACGCCAUCUCCAUUACCUUCGUCUUCUGGUAUGAGCUGAAACAAUACUUGACUUUGGAGCGGUACGCAAGAGCUAGAGCUACCCUGGGAGACUUGUUCUCGAAACUCGUGGAUGUCAUGAUCAAACAUCUAGAAUAUCCCUCCUCGGACGGAGACGAGAAUGACCUGUUCGAUGGAGACAGGGAGCAGGAAGAGAAGUUCCGAAGCUUCAGACAUUCAAUGGGAGACGUCCUCAAGGACUGCUGUGCGGUUAUCGGUGUCUCCGAUUGUCUCGGAAAGGCAUACAGUCUUAUUCAGGCUUGGGUUGCCAAAUACGGGCCCCAGGCAAGACACGACCAUGUCCCUCACUGGCAAGAACUGGAAGCACCCCUUUUCAGCAUGCGUGCGAUGGGACGAAUGGUGGAAGCAGAGGAAAGCUACGUCCUGCCGGAAAUCAUUCCCCUCAUUGUGCGCAUACCAGACCAGGAGAAGGUCCGUUUCCAGGCAAUCAUGGCACUUGGUAGAUAUACCGAAUGGACUGCGCAGCAUCCAGAAACGCUGGAGGCACAGCUCAACUAUGUCAUCUCCGGAUUCCAGCACGAAUCACAGGAAGUUGUGCAGGCGGCAGCCCUUGCGUUCAAGUUCCUCGGAACCGACUGCCAGAAACUGCUCGGCUCUCACAUUCCACAGCUUCAUACCUUCUAUGAGUCUGUCAUUGAUGGUCUAAAGCCAUCGAGUCAGGAAGAGGUCACUGAGGGUGUUGCGGCUGUUCUUGCUGUUCAGCCAGUUGAAAAGAUAUACGAAGGACUAAAAUUAUUCUGCAACCCCCUUAUGUCUCGAAUUAUGAACUUGGCCAACAACGCCAAAGAUGAAGACGGUCAAAAGGCCGUGGCUGAUCACUUGCAAUUAAUCGCGAUCUUCAUCCAGGUGGUUUCUCCUUAUGUCGAACCAGGAAAAGAGAACCCUGGAGUCAAAUAUUGCGGAGAUAUAUUACCCGUUCUCAGUACGAUAGUUAUGAAUUUCACGAAAUCAACUCCAAUCCUCGAGAGAGUCUGCCGAUGCUGGCGAUACAUGAUCAUCUCAUACCGCAAUGCAAUGGCUCCUCUCCUUCCGACGCUCGCCCAAAACAUCUCCUCUGGCUUCGAGGCUUCGAGAGAAGGAUGUUUCCUCUGGGCUACAGAUGCAAUUGUCCGAGAAUUCUCAACCGGGGCAGAACUUGUUGAUAACCCCACGAGCGUUGCUGUUUAUCAGUUUUUCGAACAGCAAGUCGUGCUCUUCCUCCGAAUUCUCAACGACCUGCCUCCAGAGCAAUUACCUGACAUGAUCGAGGACUUCUUCAGACUGGCAACAGAUGCAGUCAGAUUCUUCCCCAAGAACACCGUCACGUCAAAUCUCUCUGUCCCCAUUUUCUCUGCUGCUCUGAGUGCACUCACCCUCCAGCAGAUCGAACCUUUAACCGCCACCCUGCAAUAUCUCCGUGACCUGGUCAGCUUUGGGUUUGAGAAGCCGGCUGUGUCCAACUUCACAACCCCGGAAGGCGAGGUCUAUACGAACACGCCGGAGAUCAGAUCUGGUGUGAAGCAAAUAAUGGUGUCACAGGGCUCUUUCCUCGUGCAACGGGUAUUAACCGGAAUGAUGUUUACUUUUCCUGGUGACUGCUUCCCAGAUGCUUCGGCAGUUUUGAUGUCAUGCUUCGAACUUUUACCCGCAGAAACAGCAAGCUGGAUCGAAGCCACAAUCCAGAUGCUGCCCGCCCGCUCCGUCAAGCCCGGCGAAAGCGAGCGCCUGAUGAAAACUCUCUCGGAGUAUGCCCAACUAGGCGACAUGAGGAAGAUUAGAGUUGUCCUUCAAGGUUCGUUACCAGAUCACCGUCACACUUCCUUUUAA